AUGGAAGGCCUCACCCCCUCUCAACUCACCUUCUUUCGUGAGAACGGCUACCUCGUCAUCCCCGACUUCCUCUCCCCAGAGGAUAUCGCCUCCCUCCUGACCGAGACCAACAGACUCCUCGACGACUUCCCACUAGAAUCCCACCCCCUCACCAAAUUCACCACCGGCGACGACGAAACCAACAAAAACGACUCCCACGUCGGCGACGACUACUUCCUGAACUCCGGCGACAAGAUCCGCUUCUUCUUCGAACCGGACGCCUUCUCCACCCCCGACCCCACAACAGGCAAACCCACCCUCCUCAAACCCAAACAGCAAGCAAUCAACAAGAUCGGACACGCGCUGCACUCGCUCUCCCCGCCCUUCGAGAAAGUCUCGCUGAGCGAGCGCAAUGCCGCCAUCGCCAAGUCCCUCGGGUUCGUGGACCCGCGCGUGCUGCAGAGUAUGGUGAUCUGCAAGCAGCCCGGGAUCGGGGGCGCGGUGCCGCCGCAUCGAGAUUCGGAGUUUCUGUAUACGAGGCCGCCGUCGGCGGUGGGGUGGUGGUUUGCGCUGCAGGAUGCGGGGCGUGGGAAUGCGACGCUGGGGAUGUGGAGGGGUUCGCAUCGGCAGGGGAUCAAGCGGCGGUUUGUGAGGAAGAUUAGGGAGGAUGGGAAGGUCGUUGGGACGGAGUUUGUGGAGAACGAUGGGCCGGAGGUGCCGAGGGGGGCGGAGGGUCAGGGCCAGGACCAGGGCCAUGAGGUCAAGGAUGAGGAUUUGGAGAUUCUGGAUAUCAAGGCUGGGUCAUUAGUGCUGAUUCAUGGGAAUGUGCUGCAUAUGAGCGAGAAGAAUACCAGCCCCCGCAGCCGGUUUGCGUAUACCUUCCAUGUCAUUGAGGGUGCGGAUGGAUGGGACUAUGAUGAGAGGAACUGGCUGCAGCCUCCGGAGGGCGGGGAGUUUUCCAAGCUGUAUCGGUAG